GUCUGGCUCGCUGGGGGAGCCCCAGUGUCGGAGCCUGCAGAGUUUUGGGGGGACGCACUGGGGCUGCGGGACCCAGUUUGCAAACCCGGGCUCUUGCCCUGACCCCAGCUGGAAGCCUUGGGCUGGGGAAGAAGGAGCUUCAGGACGGAAGUCCCCUGGAGAUGCCCUGUAUCCCAGCCCAGUAUGGGACAUCAGCUCAGAGUCCAGGACCCCGUGACCACUUUGCUGGUGACCCCCUGACUCAAUCUGGCUUCACCAAAAUCGCCAUGGACCUGGCUGGCCCGGAAGUGCCUCCCACAGCUCCCACUGCCCUGCCCAGCUUCAGCACCUUCAUGGAUAGCUACACCGGGGAGUUUGACACCUUCCUUUACCAGCUGCCGGGGGGCUCCCCAGCCUGCUCCUCCUCCUCCUCCUCUUCCUCCACGUCGUCCUCCUCUUCCUCCACGUCGUCCUCGUCAGCCACCUCCCCCGCCUCUUCUUCCUUCAAGUUCGAGGACUUUCAAAUCUACGGCUGCUACCCCGGCUCCUUCAGCAAUCAGCUGGAUGAGACCCUGUCGUCCAGCGGCUCCGACUACUAUGGCAGUCCCUGCUCGGCCCCAUCCCCGUCCACUCCCGGCUUCCAGCCCCCGCAGCUGUCCCCCUGGGAUGGAAGCUCCUUUGGCCCCUUCUCCCCCAACCAGACUUACGACAGCCUCCGUGCAUGGACAGAGCAGCUGCCCAAGGGGCGCCCCCAGCCCCCCGCAUUCUUCUCCUUCAGCCCCCCUGCUGCCCCGAGCCCGACCAUGUCUCAGAGUCCCCUGAAGCUGCUCCCUCCCCAGCCUGCUCACCGGCUGGCCGAGGGGGAAGGUUAUGGACAGGCUGUCUUUUCUGCCUUGGCUCCUGGCUCCCCCCACCUGGACGGGCCCUUGUCCCCAGCCAAGGCCCGGGCCGGAAUCCCAGGUGGGACAGAAGGCCGCUGUGCUGUCUGUGGGGACAAUGCCUCUUGUCAGCACUACGGUGUCCGGACCUGCGAGGGCUGUAAAGGCUUCUUCAAGCGAACGGUGCAGAAAAACGCCAAGUACGUGUGCCUGGCCAACAAGGACUGCCCCGUGGACAAGAGGCGUCGGAACCGGUGCCAGUUCUGCCGAUUCCAGAAGUGUCUGGCUGUGGGCAUGGUGAAAGAAGUGGUCCGAACGGACAGUCUGAAAGGACGUCGGGGUCGCCUGCCCUCCAAACCCAAGCAGACUCCAGAUUCUUCUCCUGUCAACCUGCUCACCUCCCUGGUUCGGGCACACAUUGACUCCGUGCCAAGCACUGCUAAAUUGGACUACUCCAAGUUCCAGGAGUUAGCACUGCCCCAAUUUGGGAAGGAGGACCCAGGAGAUGUCCAACAGUUUUACGACCUGCUGUCGGGCUCCAUGGAUGUGAUCCGCAAGUGGGCCGAGAAAAUCCCAGGCUUUUUGGAUCUUCCUGCAGCUGAUCAGGACCUACUGCUGGAGUCGGCCUUCUUAGAACUCUUCAUCCUUCGACUAGCCUACAGGUCCAAGCCCGGGGAAGGGAAGCUCAUCUUCUGCACGGGGCUGGUGUUGCAUCGGCUGCAGUGUGUCCGUGGCUUUGGGGACUGGAUCGACAGCAUCCUGGCCUUCUCUCGGUCCCUGCACAGCAUGGUCAUCGAUGUCCCGGCCUUCUCCUGCCUGGCUGCCCUCGUCAUCAUCACUGACCGCCACGGGCUGCAGGAGCCUCGGAAGGUCGAAGAGCUGCAGAACCGAAUUGCGGGCUGUCUGAAGGAGCAUGUAUCAUCAUCUGUGUCAGGGGAGCCCCAGCCCAGCUGCCUGUCUCGCCUCCUGGGCAAGCUGCCGGAACUCCGCACCCUGUGUACCCAGGUGCAGCGAAUCUUCUACCUCAAGCUGGAGGACCUGGUGCCACCCCCUCCCAUUGUGGACAAGAUCUUCAUGGAUACCCUGCCCUUCUGAAACCCAAGCUUCCCGGACACAUGCACACACGAGCACCCACGUGCCUUCAGGCUAUAGCUCCAACACUCUCCUUAGAAUAGUCCUGUCCAACCCCCUGUGCCCCUAUCUCUGCCUUGGGCUGUGGCUGUCCGACAGUUUCUUACUCCAGGGGAGUGGGGAGAACUGUCUCUAGGCCUUAAUGGGAGACAUGGAGUUGGGGGGAAGGCUUUUCCCUUCAGCUUUCCUCCCUCCACCCCCCCCAAAAGAAAAAAAAAACAGCCAUAGCCUUUUGCUUUAAUUUUUUUGUAUAAUAAAUCUUUUUAACAAGCACGUUGUAAAUAGGCAGAAAGCUGCUGUUGUACAUAAGGGAGAAAGAGGCCUGGGCAAGGAGGGGAGGGAGGGGUUGGUUGGACUGGGGAGCAUGGGCAGGGAUGAGGUGGAGGAGACACAACCAUUUGACUCCAGACUUGUCUGAGUGGGCCCUCCCCUAACCCCUCUACUCUCCCUACCCCACCCCUCAUGUAUAUAAAUUUGUCUGUCACUCUAGAAAAAAAAAAGAACAUAGGACAGCUUCUGACGUUUAUAUUUGUGUAUUUUUCUGGAUUUAUAGUAUGUGACUUUUCUGAUUAAUAUAUUUAAUAUAUUGAAUAAAAAAAUAGA